GCCCGCUGUCCAUUUCGCCGUCUAUGCGCAGAGUCGAGAGGAGAGACCCCACCCAAUUUACCUUCGGUCUACAUUUUUAGUUGGGGAGUGGUUGCAGAAUCUCCGUAUUUUCAAAGUUCGUCCCUUUUUUAAUCCCUCUUAAAUCCCCUCUCCUUAGCUCGGCCGGGCUCGUUGAAAGAAACCAGCUUUUGGGAGAGAGUCUAUAUAGUAGCUAUUCUAACCUCGCACGCGCCGCACAACUGGGACUUCUUGUCAUUUUCUGGUGCCGCCCCGACCAGCAAGCGCAGUGCUAAUAAAGCUUGACUUGGAUUUGAACUGGCUAGAGAGAGAAACAGCGGCUGCGCACCAGCUCGGUGGAACCAGGAGCAUUUCAGCAGAAGGAAGCUGGUUUUGAUGGUUUCUGGGUUGCAGCAUUUUCUUCAAUCUUUCGCUUCUUGUCAGAGAACUGAAGGGUCCUCCUUCUUCUUCCUCGGUUCAGAGCAUUUGCCUCAAAAGGUGUCACAGUACCUUCCACCCAUAACUGCAAUGUUGUUUCUAUAGAAGAUUUGCAGGUUUCUUUUGGGUCGACGAUGAUGCACAGCGAUGAUUUGCGAAUGUGUUCGAAGAGACUUCUUAUGUGCUCUAUGAGAUAGUGGCCAAACUCCUGGCUAACAGGAUGUGUGACUCACCAUCCCUCAGUCGUUUGCAAAAUCAAAGCCAUUCUCUCUCCGAAUGCUCUUAUUCUGGCACAGUUGGUUUGAUCUCAGAAACUUCAUUGGAUAAACUCCAUCUUCAGAGAGAUGACGGUUCCUUAUUAAAUGCGAGAGAUUCUGAUAAUGAAACUGGAAGUCCUGGAUUAUCUACCGGAAGAAACGGUACCUGCCCUUACAGAUUCCAACUUGAGCUGGAUGUACAGAAACUUCAAGAGCAGCUACGAGAUGAGAUAGAACUGCAUGCAGUUUUGGAACAAGUAAUCGAGAGAAGUGCUGUAAAAUUAUCAAAACCUUCAUGUCUUCCUCAUCAGGCUCAGGAACUCCUUUCCAAUAUUGCGAUGUUGGAACUCGCAGUAUCCAAACUUGAACAUGAGAUAGUCUCUUUACAUUUCCAAUUAAGUCAAGAAAGAAAUGAACGGAGGCUGGCUGAAUACCGUUUGAGGCACUCUUCCUUGGAGGAGAAGUCUCUUUGUUCCUCUGGCAUAUUGCAAGAGCUGGAUGGGGAUGGUUCCUCUGCACAUCUCUGCGAUAACAUAUGUACUGGGUCCAAUGCAAAAUGUGGUCAAACUCAAGAUAGUAGGAAGCUACCCAGGGAGUUGCCACCUAAGGGCCUCUGGGAUUAUCCCAACCUACUGUCUGAAGAGAUGGUUAGAUGUAUGAAGAAUAUAUUUAUCUCACUGGCAGAUUCUGCAUCUCCAAGCCAGUUCUCUACAUCACAGGGCCAUCUCUCACCUUUAUCUCCACAUGGGCAUCUUUCCAACUCAUCGUGGUGGUCGUCAUCUGAACGCUCGGUCAUUUCAUCCUGGGUGCAAAGCCCCCAAGUUGAUGUACAGAGUAACUUGGAUGUGCUGGCCUCAGAUAAUGCUUGCGAUCCAUACCGAGUACGCGGGAAGCUAAGUUGGGCAGAUGUAGGAAAUUAUGGGCUGGCAUCUGAAGUAUCUUGGAUGUCUGUUGGGAAAAAGCAAUUGGCAUAUGCCUCUGGAGCUUUGAGGAAGUUUAGGACACUUGUUGAGCAGCUUGCCAAGGUCAACCCAAUCCACCUGAGCAGCCAUGACAAACUUGCCUUCUGGAUCAACUUAUACAAUGCCAUGAUCAUGCAUGCUUACUUGGCUUAUGGGGUUCCAAAAAGUGAUAUGAAGCUGUUCUCGUUGAUGCAGAAGGCAGCAUAUACUGUGGGAGGCCAUUCUUUCAGCGCAACAGUUAUUGAGUAUGGAAUUUUGAAGAUGAAACCACCUCUCCACAGGCCACAGAUCGCUUUGCUCCUCGCUCUUCACAAGCUAAAGGUAUCUGAAGAGCAACGAAAGUUUGCUAUUGAUGUAGCUGAACCACUUGUAGCAUUUGCUCUCAGCUGCGGAACAUACUCAUCUCCUGCGGUUCGGAUCUACACUGCCAAGAAUGUGAGGGAUGAGCUGCAGGAAGCACAACGAGAUUUCAUCAGAGCUUCAGUUGGGGUUAGCAGCAAAGGGAGGUUAUUGGUGCCAAAGAUGCUACAUUGCUUUGCCAAGGGAUUCGUGGACGAUGCUAAUUUAGCUGUAUGGAUAUCGCACUACCUCCCCCCCAAUCAGGCGGCAUUUGUGGAGCGGUGCAUGUCACAAAGGCGUCAAAGCCUUCUCGGUUCUCGCAAUUGUGGAAUUCUUCCCUUCGACUCCCGCUUCCGUUACCUAUUCCUGCCGGAGAAAAUCCAUUUUGACAAUGCUUGUUCAUAGUUACUUUGGCUUAGCCUUGGCAAGAUUAGUAAGGUCAUAGCAACAAUGCCUUCGGGGAGGCUCUGUAUCAUUUCGUCUUGCCAUGGUAAAUAUCACAAGAUGGCUGCAGCCCGUGUAGUUUUGGUCUUUGGUCUUUGAUGAUGUACAUACUGUUAAAAAAAUUCUGACCGACAAUUGUUAAACAAGACAUUCAAACCAUUUCUUCCGCUGAUACUGGGAAACAUAAUGAUAAUGUUCAUAUUGGAAUA